UUUCAAAGUUUUUUGCUACAUGUUACUUUCUGAUGGAGCCGGACAACGAUAUAAACAGCCACUAUAACAAUGUUGUUCUAGCACUUGGUGAUUAUAUGAAUAUUAGUUGUCAUGUUUGCAUCGGUGGUACACAAGUAUCAACUGAUAUCGAACAGUUAAAGUUAGGUCAACAAAUUGUAGUUGGUACACCUGGACGUGUUUUCGAUAUGAUUAGUCGUGGUUAUUUACGUACAAAGACAAUUAAAUGUUUUGUAUUGGAUGAAGCGGAUGAAAUGCUUAGUUUAGGAUUUAAAGAUCAAAUUCAAGAUAUAUUCCGAUCACUUGAUCCAGCUGUUCAAAUUAUUUUAUUAUCAGCAACAAUUCCUGACGAAGUAUUAGAAAUAUCAAAACAAUUUAUGCGUAAUCCAGUACGUAUUUUAUUAAAACAAGAAGAAUUAACAUUAGACGGUAUACGUCAAUUUUAUGUUAAUGUUGAACAAGAAGAAUGGAAAUUAGAAACACUAUGUGAUUUAUAUCAAUCAAUUACAAUAACACAAGCAGUAAUAUUUUGUAAUUCACGCAGAAAAGUUGAAUGGUUAACAAACGAAUUAAUUGAACGUGAUUUUAUUGUAUCAGCAAUGCAUGGUGAAAUGGAACAAAUAGAACGUGAUAAUAUUAUGACAGCAUUUCGAAGUGGUUCAAGUCGUAUUCUAAUAUCUACUGAUCUAUUAUCACGUGGUAUUGAUGUACAACAAAUUUCAUUGGUAAUUAAUUUUGAUUUACCAACAAAUUUAGAAAGUUAUAUACAUCGUAUUGGUCGUGGAGGUCGUUUUGGUCGUAAAGGUGUUGCUAUCAAUUUUGUUACAUUAGCUGAUGAACGUUUAUUAAAAGAUUUAGAAAAAUUCUAUAGUACAAAAAUUAGUGAACUUCCAAUGGAUGUAGCUAAUUUAUUUUAGAAUUAAAAAGAAAGUAUAUCUUCAUAUUUGAUACAUUCAUACAUACAUACAUACAUACAUACAUACAUACAUACAUACAUACAUACAUACAUACAUACAUACAUACAUACAUACAUACAUACAUACAUACAUACAUACAUACAUACAUACAUACAUACAUACAUACAUACAUACAUACAUACAUACAUACAUACAUACAUACAUACAUACAUACAUACAUACAUACAUACAUACAUACAUGCAUGCAUGCAUGCAUACAUACAUACAUACAUACAUACAUACAUGCAUACAUACAUACACAUGAAUAUAUGGUUGACAACCUUCAUUCAUUCAUUUGGAAAGGAACUUUCUUUUCUUUAUCAUAUACACAUAUCUAUUAUCAUUUUUAUUAAAGAAAAGUUUAUUGAAUAUGUAUUUUCCCAAUUUGUUUUUCUCUUUUCUCCCUUCUUCUUCUUCUUCUUCUCUAGUUCAGUUUUAUCUGUCAAAAAUGAUAAGUAAAAACUUAUCUUUAACUGAAUUAUGUAUUCUCUUUGUUCAUUCAUAAACUUGUUGGAAUAUAAAUGAACCUUAUUUGUUGUUGUUAGAUGAAUAGUGCUGGUGGGUGGUAGUCUAUACUCCUCCACGAGGAGUGACAGAUGUAAGUAAGUAAGUUUGUUGUUGUUGUUGUUGAUAAUUCACUGUUUCUUCUUUUCAAUACAGUAUUCAUGGAUCUUGUUCAUUGUUACUUCUAAUGAAUAGCAUGUUUAAUGUGUUCGCAUUGAAUUCUUCUCAUUACAUUGAAUUGGAUUGAUAUUAAACAAUAUUCAUUUAUUCUUUGAUUUCUGAUUAGUAGUCACAUUGUUCUUCUUUUCUUUAGAUCUUGUAUGUGAUGAAUUGUCUUUUUGUUGUUGUUGUUGAUGAUGAUGAUGAUGAGGAUUCAUUGUUUCUUCUCUUCGAUACAAUGUUAAUAAAUCUUGUUCAUUGUUACUUCUAAUGAGUAGUAUGUUUAAUGUGUGUUCCCAUUUUGUUUCUUAUAAUUGAAUUGAUGUUAAACAAUGCUCAUUUAUUCCUUGACUUCUGAUUAAUAGUCAUCUUGUUCUUUUUUUAUGAUCUUGUAUGUGUUGAAUCAUCUUCCUCUUCUUCUUUCUUUUUCCCCACUCAAUUUAGUUCUGUAUAGAAAGCUUUCAUUUCUUUUUCUAUUUCUAUUCUUUAUUUAAGAAAAGAAGUAACUUUUAUUCUAGAAAAUUUCAACUGUCUUAAAUAGAAAUCAACAACAUUGGUUGUGAUGGUUUAACUGCUGUAAAACAGUAUAAUAUUGAUUCAUGAACAAAUAAGAAAAAAAAAGUACUUUGAUAAUUCAUCUGUUCCUACUGUGUUCACAAUUUGCGUAUUGCUAUUUUUUUCUUCUUCUUCCAAUUGUUGCUAAGAGCAUCAUUAGUUCCCCUUUUUCUUGUCUUAUCUUAAUAGUAUGAUAUUAUGAUUGGUAUCUAUGGAACUAUAUAUUCUGCUGUAUGUUGAAUGAAGGACUGAUUGUUUCAUGCAGUUCUUUGAAGAUAAUGUGUGUGUGUGUGUGUGGUGUCUUUCAGAUGUCUACUUGUUAAUUGUUUCUGUUACGAGGGGAUAUCAUUGAAAUUUUUUAAAAAAAAGGACUUGUUUUUUUUGUUUUUGUAAAUGUGAUUAUUCAUCAUUCUAUACACCUUUCUGUCCUACUUCUCUAUAGUUGGUUAUUUGGAUUUCAGUCCUCUUUUUUUUUUGUUUUUUUUUUGUGUGUUGUUUGUCAUCUUAAGCCUGUAUCAUCAUUAUUACUGAUAAUAUUAUUAAUAUUACUCUAUUUACAUUGCAGUUAGUAACUCAUGGUCAAUAGUCUUCGAGUAUAAAUAUGAAAAGGUAGCCAUUGUAUUUAUGUAUGUACUAUUUUAGUAUUGGAUUUAAAUUGAUUCAUUCAUUAAUUACAUAUUCGUAGAUGAUAUUCG